UACAUUUCUCUGUCUCUUAACUAAAUUGCUGAAGACUACUUCACAAUUUCCACUUCCACUGGCUGUUGGUGUGAUCGCUUUUGGGUCAGCACAUUUAUACAGGGUUCCAUGCUUUGUCUUCAUUCCUCUUUUACUCCAUGCAUUAUGCAACUUCAUGUAAAUUGGAUUUAAGGAAUGCUAAUGAUGAUUUAAGGCUUUAGAGUCAGUAAUAAGAUGAAAUGAACAGAUCAUCAAUGUGGACAGCAAGAUCCUUUGGAGAAGACAAGUCUAUUUUUACAGUAUUGAAAAUAGGAAAUUAGUUUUGUAAUGCUUGAGGAAAGUAGUUGAAGCAUGGUUUUGUUUUGUGGUGUGUCAUCUGUGUACUAGUCAUUUUUGAAAAAUUAGUAAAAGCAUAUAGUGGCCACUGUCUUUGAGGAUUCCUCUUCACAUCAAGGAAUCUGCUGACUGGCCAUGGCAGUGAUCUUCUACACAGUCAGUAAAUGUGGCAGUUUGUAAUCUCCCCUCAAGCAUUUUGCUUAUUUCAUAAAACUUUCUUCUGAAAAGUGGUUACUUUGUAUUUGCUAUUUCAGUAUACAUACUGAGAAAUCAGUCUUUAAAACUGAUGAAAUUUGCAACUUUUGGUUUCUCAAAAAUGAAAUAGCCUAAAGAGUCUGGUCAACUUUUGGCAGCCACAAUGAACAGAGUAGAUCUUUUUGUCUUUUUUGCAUCUCUAAAAAUACAACUUUUAAUUCUAAGGAGACAUGUUUUCAUGGUAACUGAAGCAAGAUUAAUUAAUGGGUGGAAACAUAAUUCAAAUUCAAAACUUAAUGAAAUUUUCUAGUACUUUUUAAAUGCAAACCUUUUUUUAUGGUCUUGGUGAAUAUCAGGAGACCAUUGUAGAGAUCUGUUGUUAAAUGUUAAGAAAAUUUUCAUAGAUAUUUACUUACUUGCAUUGGAGCAGUUCAGUUGUUCUAUCUAUGCCAUUUUAUUUAAUUCAUUGACAGCAUGGUUGCCAAAAGUUCCUCAGGUCAUGAUGGACUGUUAACUGAAUUUCAGUUGUCAGAAAAAACUCUAGGUUUGCAUAUUUUUGUCUAAUGUGGAAAGUCAACAUGAUAAAGUGCAGUACCACAUUUGAUAUUUAAAAUUAUACUAUUAAUGGAAUAACAGUAGACAAAUUAUUCCAUUAAUAGCAUAAAUAUAAACACCUGAAUAUAUUGGAGGCUUUUCAGCUGUUAGGUUUAACAAUGGAAUCUUAAUUUGCCAAAAUGAUUGCUAUUUGACAGAAAAAGUAGUAAUAUUUCUAUUUCAUUUCCAAUUUCCUCUGAUUUUUAGCUACAGAAGAGUAGAAAGUAGGUAAUGGAGUGAGGUAUCUUUGCCUUAAGAUAGAAUAAACUCAGGCUGAGGUAUACUUGGCUUAUAGAGCUCUUCCUUUAGAUGUGUAUGCUGUAAAUACCCAAACCUCUUGAGAUCUUAAGUUCUAGUAAUUUCACAGUUUGUACCUGUAAAUUUUGUCCUUGUUAGUACCCAGGGAUGUCCUAGAAUACCAGGUUCAUUUCAUCUGCUGUUGCAUAUGGAUUCCAUUAUAACCUCUCAGCUGUUAUGCCCAUAGUGGGUUAUCGCCACUUUACGGACCCCACUUAUCAGUAGUUCCUCAAGUCCAUGUUGUUUUUGCAUCAGUUGAAGAGGGUCUUGCUAUCACAAGGGUUGUAAAUCCAUUUGAUUCCUUUGCUAUCUUUCCCAACUUCAUACGUAUUGUUCAGUAUUCAUAUUUUCACUUACACUGAGAACAUUAAAGGGAAGUGAUAACCUCAUAGUGGACAUGGGAGACAUACCAGGCUCUUGUUUAUUUGAGAGAAGUAGCAAAAGGAACAAAUACAAAAUGCUUGUGUUUUCAGUACCUGAAAAGAAAGCAUAUUUGUUAGAUUAUACACUUGUCCCAUGGCAUAUCACAUACAUAUUUAAAUAAGGAUGAUGCAUCUGCCUCUGAUUAACUAUACAUGUACCCAUAAACAAUUUUUCUACAUGGGAUAUCUUUUGUUUUUUCAACGAUAUUGCAAUCGUAUUUCAAGUUAUAGGUUAAAUGUGACAUUCAUUUCUGAAUUUGAACUUAGACCUUUAUGCAGCAAGAACUUUUAAAAACUCAUUAAUUUGGCUCUUCUAUUGAUAGCCAUAAGCAUUGUGUUUAUGUGAUCUAAAUUCUCCUGGUUAAUACUGCUAGUGAAUAAAAUGUAACAAGCUAAACUUUUUCAUUUGUGAGUAGUAUAUUAGCUAUUUAAAGCAGCAAACUAGGUACACUAAUUCUUACUAGAAUAUUUUUAUGUGAAUGUGGUUAUCAAGUCCUGAAGUCUUACUUAUUCCAACAAAAUGCUUUAUUUUAGGACUGCAAAAAGGAUUCUAAUGAAAUAUUUUAUAAACAACAGUAAGUUGAGUCUUUAGCCAUUGUAUACAUAAAUGUACAAACAUAUAUAUACACACAUUAGUGUAUAACACACAUAUAUAUAUAUGUGUGUGUGUGUGUUAUGCACUAACAUUUUGACAGGGUCUUCAUCAAGUCCUGAUGCACUUUUAACCCAAAAAACUACCAGGGAAGAAAGGAGACUUUGUCUGAAGAUUAGUGAGAUGUUUCUGUCACUUGAGAAAAGGAAAGUCCUUUUGUCUUUAUAAAUUGUUUCUAUUAUGUUUACAAUCUAUAUUAGCUGGUAAAAGAGCACAGCUUUAUUAGUUAGCAAUGUUACUAAAAAAUGGAAUUAUUUUUUGGCAGUUAUGUAUUAUCUAAUUCAGAGUUUUGUUACAGUUUUAUUUAGAAUUUGUUGAAUUUUAAGUUUGUUUUGUGCUGAUAAAAAUUAUUCCUGGACCCUAUUAUUAGUAACUAGAUCAAAUAUAGACUAGACAGGAAAAACACUCAGUAGUUUUAGUGUUUUGAAAAGUUACUAGUAUUUUUACUAGUUACUAGUAUUAUAAUUUGGAGCUGAUAGUAUGGUGAAAAUCAUUAAUGCUCUUUUUUUCUGGAUAUUUUUCAUGCCAGAAAUUAAGCAGGUUCUGCUCUUUUCUUGGUUGUCAUCAGAAUGAAAAUAUUUAAAGCAGUGGUUAAAAAAAAACACUUGUGCCUGUCUAACAUUGAUUUUGAGGCUCUUCAAUAUAUAUUAAUCAUGCAUUGAUGAAUCUUUCUUUUUUUCACGUUUUGGUCAGAUUAAAUUUAUUUGUAUAUAAUGGAAUACCUUUUCUUGAUUGAGCUACACUAUUACAUCUACAUGACAUCAUAGUAGGGAAAAAAUAAAGAAUUGUGGUAGUCCUAGUAAUGUUUGUUGUUGAUUAUCCUAUCACUCAUGCAGACGGCAAACAUUUCUACCACAAACAUACACUUAAUGUGAGGCAGAUUAUCUGAUUUGUUCAUUAUCUAGUUCCUAUACUUUUCUCAACUCUUGAGAUUUUCACUUACAUAAAGCAUAGUAUAUUCAUUGCACUUUACCACUCAUGAGCACUUGUUACAGAAGAUUAUCAGGGAAAAUAAAAGGAGGUAAAACUUAAUUUCCAGGUUAGUUCUUGAAAACUUGUGGGAAAAUGGGGAAACACAAAGAUUAUGAGAUGAAAACUAGGGCUCAUUCCUGAAUGUGCAGAUAAUUCAAUUGCCCUGUAUUUUCACUCGGCAUUAGGCUUAAAUUAGUGGAAUGUUGUGCUUUAUUUUUGAGGUUUAAUGAAAACUUUACUGCAUUUGCAAUUUGAGUAACUUGUUAUUAAAAUCAUUUCGGAAAAAUGUAAUGUUUUGAGACCUUCUAUGAGUGGCCAUUAGUUGGUUAUUUCUCAUCAGCAUUUUUUGUUUUUUCAGUGUUUAGAUUUAUAAGCUUACAUACCAUAGGAAACAAGAUAUCUUGUGAAGUUUUGUGGGGGAAGUCAAUUUGGAGAACAUGGCACACUCCUCAGGGAGCAAUAAAAGUAUCUUUGUAUUGUGAAAUUAUACCUAGACAGAAAACUUCCUUGCGACACAAGGAAACCACACCAUGCAGAAACAUGAAAAUACUCAUGAAGCAUUGUUUCCCUGAUAGUCUUCAUGGGGUACAGAAAUAAUGCCUCUCAUUCUCCUGGCAUUACUGUUGGAAACAUUUAAUGACCAAAUGAACUUAAUGCAAUACAUUACAGUUUUAAAUUAUUUUUAAAAGUUCAAAUUGUUCUAGUCUGACCGUGAUGCAGUAAGAUCUUCAGGUGCUAAAGUACAACAAACUGGAACUUUUCAUCAGACAUAUGCUGUACUUCAACUUUGAAGGAAAAGAAACAAAUAGUAAGAAAAUGAAGAAUUUUCUGGAAGCCGGACAUCUGAAAUUAGCAUCACUGAGCCAAGAUCAAGGCAUUAUAUGCCAAGUUCUGAAGAACUGAUGAUGAAAAAAGACCUGGUGCCUACUUCAGGAAGUCCAUGUGGGGGACGAAGAGACACGUGGAAGCAAAUCCUAAUUCAGCAAGCUCAGCUUCAUUCCACCAUUCCCAAAGCAUUCCUGCUGCUGUGUGUUGGCCUGGCACUACUCGCGCUUGCUCAUGGAGCCAUGCUGAGAAACGAAGAGAAAUGGAAACCCCUCAACAACUCCCAAAACCGAGAUCUGUUUUUCAGAAUCCUUUGUGCAUAUUUUAAGGGAAGAGGUCUUGAUCUUGGGAGGUUCCCAAAUACUUUCGUCAUGAAUGAGAAUCCCAGACCUGUGUGUUUUGAAUCAGAAUUUAUUGCUUCUGCGUUUGCAGAUUAUGAGGAGCAGAAAAACUCCUUUCCCAAUUUCCUCAAAGGCUGACUGUUUCUUCUGAGCACAGGUUCUGGCUAUUUUAGAACUACACGUGAAGCUUCUCAUUAAAAAAUUUUAAUCAUGGUCGUGGCUAAACAUUUUUUCCCUCUACUUUUACUUGUCAAUGUGUAAUGAUUUUAUCCUACAUUUCCAGAUUUACAGAUAAAUAGAUUGGCCCUUGGGACAUAAUCUGACUCAGGGGUCUAUUUUUGGAGGUUUUUUUCCCACUCUAUAACCAUGAACAUUGAUGAAGAACACCGCGGAUAUUUUGUAAGAGGUACAAAACAUAACGAGUCAAAAGAGAUGAUGAUCUUCUAAAUUACACGUGUACUUGAAGCUUGUCUUUAAAGCUUGUCUUGUAUGCUUAUUACCUGUUAUCAAUCAUUGUUUUUAUUUCAAAGGGACUUUGCAAAUUUUUACUAUAGUUCAUCAUAUGUAAUAGGUGUUUAGGCUUAAAAUUUGUCUUCUUCCUAAAGAGGAGAUGCAUUCCCACUUUCAGCAAUAUGUUAUUGAAAGGUCUCACAAUCUAAGUUUCAUACCAAGGGAGAGUAAGUGAUAAAUAUCCACAAAAAAGUUGAAAUGGAAAACAAAGAAAUUUGGGAUUCUAGGAAUUGCUAGGGUCUCUGUGAGAUGUUCUCUGCCACUAUGUUUAGAGGUGGACAUUGUGCUACACCAAAUAUCCUAGCCCCGCCCCAGCUCUGGUUCUCUCUUGCACACAACCUCCUUAAGAAGGGAGAGUAGAAAUGGGUGGAUUUCCCUUCUUUUACAGCCAACCCUGUCCUCCUCCCAACCAGCUGGGGCUGAAUUAUUCUGAUUCUCAUAUCCUCACUUGGAAUAGCAACUUUUCCUGUAUCUUUAUGGAGAGCUGCAUCAUUUUCUCUGUGAUUCCUGAAUGCAAACAUGGGUGUCCUAAUCACACUAACCUGUACAUUCCAAAAUAGUCUUCUGUGGCUUUUUUGUGGAUGAUUGAUACUGAAUAUAAAGAAUAAAAUAUUUAUGCUA